GCCAGCUAUGGCCGCGGAGGGGGCGAGCUGGGGUCUGGACCUUGGAGGCUGACAGAAGGCGGUGACUGAGAGGCGCCUCUAGUCGAGCGCUCGCCGUGUGUUCCGCACCUACCUUUACUGCCGCCGCCUCCCAUGAAGAGACAGGGCUUCUCCAUGCUGGUCAAGCUGGUCUCGAACUCCGGACUUCAGGUGAUCCACCUGCCUUGGACUCCCAAAGUGUUGGGAUUACAGGAGCGAGCCACCACGCCCGGCCAUAAUUGUUAAAUUUUAAAGUAGCCAGCAUUCUGGGUCAUCACCGUGCAGUAGAAGUAUAAGCCAGCCACAGAUUGGUCAGUGAGCGAGUGCAUCUCAAGUUGGACCGGCUACAUUUCAAGGGCUAAACUAUCACAUGUUGCCAGUGGCUGCUGCAUUAGACCGUGCCACGCUGGAUGAAUCUUACUCUAUUGCCCAGUCUGGAGCGCACUCGGCUCACUGCAAACUCCGCCUCCCAGGUUCAAGUGAUUCUCCUGCUUCAGCCUCUCGAGUAGCUGGAAACACAGGUGCCCGGAGAGGAGAACCCGCCUGCAGCAUGAACCUGUGGCUCCUGGCCUGCCUGGUGGCCGGCUUCCUGGGAGCCUGGGCCCCACCUGUCCGCGUCCAAGGUAUCUUUGAGGACUGCUGCCUGGCCCACCACUACCCCAUUGGUUUGGCUGUGCUCCGGCGCGCCUGGGCUUACCGGAUCCAGGAGGUCAGUGGGAGCUGCAAUCUGCCUGCUGUGAUAUUCUACCUCCCCAAGAGACACAGGAAGGUGUGUGGGAACCCAAAGAACAGGGAGGUGCAGAAAGCCAUGAAGCUCCUGGAUGCCCGCAAUAAGUCUUUUGCAAAGCUCCUCCACAACAUGAAGAACCUCCCAGGCUCUCAUGCUGUAAAGUUUAGUUCUGGAAGCUCCAAGCUAUCAUCGUCCAAGUUUAGCAACCCUAUCAGCAGCAGCAGGAGGAAUGCCUCCCUCCUGAUACCAUCUAAUUCAGGACCGUGAGCCGCUCCUUUCCAGGGGCCAUCGGCACAGGAGGGGCUGAAUCUCUGGAUCUUUCUCUGCUGAAACCAUCACGCUACAGAUCCAGCUGUCCCCACGCCUCUGUCUUAAUCCCUGUGUCUGAGUUGGUCCUCUCUCUCCACUCCCACCACCUCUUGCCCCUCUGGUAAUUGGGAAGAGGGAGUUGGCCUGAUUUUAAGCCUUUUGCCACUCCAGGGACCAGCGUCAACCCUGGGCAGGCAGUGGCUCUUGUAGAGAAGACUUUAGAUACUUCUCUCACCUGCUGUUUCUUGCGACCAACCAGGGCCAUGCCAGUGUGUUCUUCUGGGUCCCGGUGAAGCUCUGGUCAGUUCAAGGAUGCCCCUCCCAGGCUAUGCUUUUCUAUGACUUUUAAAUAAACCUUGGAGGGUGAUGGAGUCA